UGCACUGUGCGCUAAUUGGCAUCAUUUUCCAUUUUUUCUUGGUCUAACUCCACGAUUCCCUCUUGUCCGGAUUUCGCGUUUUCAUUCCUCAAUUUUUCCAUUCUCUCUCAACCUUCUCUCUUCUCAAAAUCUUCCUCUUUCUUUCUCUCUCCCAAAUGGGUACUCUUCCAAAGCUCUUUUCACCGUUUCUCACAACCAAAACUCACCAAAGCUUCCUCUCCCCAACUCCUCAAUUCCCUUUCCCAAAACCCCAUCACACAUCUUCACCAACAAAGCACCACAAACUCAAAACCAGCAAGUUUGGAAACUUCCUCAGCUUACAACCAGAAACAAAGCCUGAAUCCUUGGACGUGGAUCUCCCCAUGUGGGGCCCAUCUGACCGGUCCCCGUUGGACGUGAUCAUCAUCGGUGCGGGCCCCGCCGGCCUCCGUCUCGCCGAGCAAGUUUCCCGCUACGGAAUUCAGGUGUGUUGUGUUGAUCCUUGUCCUCUCUCUUCUUGGCCUAAUAACUAUGGCGUUUGGGUUGACGAGUUUGAAAGCUUAGACCUUGGUAGUUGCUUGGACAAAACAUGGCCAAUGACUAGUGUUCACAUAAACGACAACAAAACCAAGUAUUUGGACCGCCCUUAUGGACGUGUCAACAGGAAGAGAUUGAAAAAAGAGUUGAUCAAUAGAUGUUUGUUAAAUGGAGUGAAGUUUCACAAAGCCAAAGUAUGGGAAAUUGAGCACCAAGAGUUCGAGUCUUUUGUUGUUUGUGAUGAUGGAAAUCGGAUCAAGGGAAGUUUGGUUGUGGACGCAAGUGGAUUUGGAAGCAAAUUCAUAGAAUAUGACAAGCCAAGAAACCAUGGAUAUCAGAUUGCUCAUGGGAUUUUGGCUGAAGUGGAUUUUCACCCUUUUGACUUGGACAAGAUGGUUCUCAUGGAUUGGAGAGAUUCCCACUUGGGAAAUGAGCCUUCCUUGAGAAAUGCCAAUUCAAAGCUCCCAACUUUUCUAUACGCAAUGCCAUUUGAUUCAAACUUGGUUUUUCUUGAAGAGACUUCUCUUGUUAGUAGGCCAGUGUUGUCUUAUGUAGAGGUUAAGAAAAGAAUGGCUGCUAGACUAAGGCAUUUGGGGAUUAGAGUCAAAAGGGUGUUGGAGGAUGAGAAGUGUUUGAUCCCAAUGGGUGGCCCACUUCCCAAAAUCCCUCAAAAUGUGAUGGCAAUUGGAGGAAAUUCAGGAAUUGUUCACCCCUCAACUGGGUACAUGUUGGCUAGGACAAUGGGGAUGGCCGCGGUGUUGGCCGAGGCUAUAGUUGAAGGCCUUGGCUCAACUAGGAUGAUUAGAGGAAAGCCACUUUACCAUAGAGUGUGGAAUGGAUUGUGGCCAAUUGAGAGCAGGUGUGUUAGGGAGUUUUACUCUUUUGGGAUGGAGACUCUUUUGAGGCUUGAUUUGAAUGGCACUAGGAGGUUCUUUGAUGCUUUCUUUGAUUUGAAGCCUCACUAUUGGCAUGGUUUUCUCUCUUCAAGGCUAACACUUGGAGAGCUUCUUUUGUUGAGUUUGUCUCUGUUUGGAAAUGCCUCAGCUCCAUCCAAGGUUGAUAUUGUUACAAAGUGUCCUGUUCCCUUGCUUAGGAUGAUGAGCAAUUUAGCACUUGAAACCAUUUGAUUUGGUUAGGAAGUUGUGUGUAUUGUGGAUUCUAUUACCUAUUUAAGAAAUACAGAAUUUUCAGUGUUAUUUCAUCCAGUAUUUAUAGAAAAAGGGUA